AUCAGAACCGAACCGUUUAAAAUAGUCUGACGCGAAAUCGAAAGUUUUGGAAAAUAGCAACGCUCGAGCAACUAGCUGAGCUACUCCCGUUUUUCCCUACAAUUUUCAAAACCCCCGGCCAUCCACCGUCGCCAUACCCAGGAAGAAAUCAUAGCAAAUCAAGCAAGCAAUAGAUGGCAAUUGCAAGAACUGGCGUCUUUGUUGACGACUAUUUGGAAUAUUCAAGUACGUUGCCGGCGGAGCUUCAAAGGCUUCUGAACACCAUUAGAGAACUGGAUGAACGUUCACAAGCAAUGAUAAACCAGACAAGACAGCAAACAAAGUACUGCCUGGGAUUGGCAUCUCAAGGAGGGCCAUUCUCUAGGAAAAAUGAAGAGGAAGAUCUGUUUGAAAAGAUUAGAAGGGAAAUUGAGGCGAACCAGGACAAUGCACUAAGCCUUUGCACCGAGAAGGUUCUGUUGGCCCGACAAGCUCAUGACCUCAUUGACAGUCACAUAAGACGACUAGACGAGGAUUUGAACAACUUCGCAGAUGAUCUCAAACAAGAAGGAAAAAUAUCACCAGACGAGCCAACCAUGCUUCCACCGUUACCUUUAGUCCCUAAAAGUGAAAAACAUAAACUACCAUACAUUACACCGCAAUUCAAAAGGCCUGAUUUCAGGGAUAGAGAUUGGGAGAGGGAGCGUGAGAGAGAUUUUGAUCUUAUGCCUCCUCCGGGCACUAUCAGGAAAGACUUUGCUCCACCUGUUGAACUCGAUCAACCCAUCGAUCCAAACGAACCUACUUACUGUGUUUGCCAUCAGGUUUCUUUUGGUGAUAUGAUUGCUUGCGACAAUGAAAAUUGCCAAGGCGGCGAAUGGUUUCACUAUACUUGCGUCGGCCUCACUCCUGAGACAAGAUUCAAAGGAAAGUGGUAUUGCCCAACCUGCCGGCAAUUGCCACACUGAUUGAUGCUUCAAUGCAAAGAUCAACAGCAGGGAAGUUGCAUGGCAGAUCAGAUACAAAUGAAUUCCCACGCUCCAAAAUUAAGAUUAAAAAAUAUAUUACUAUUAUUGUUGUUUAAAUGGCCAAGCUUCACUGUGAUGAUAGUAAGUUCUUCUCUGUUCAUUUACUUCCUGC